UUUUUUUUUUUUUUUUUUACUUCUAUCAUUAGUCCAUGAGCAGGAGGUCAUGUCGGGUUGACUCCCUUGCAACAUGGAUCUUACUACUAAUGGGCGGGACCUCAUGACUACUUCACUACUGGAUAUUCAAGCGUUUGGGUGCUUAGAGGUAUACGGAUUCGUUUGCAUGUUUCAUGUUUCUCUUUUUCUUUCUCGCGUUUAUUCUCACGUUCCACGGUUUCAGCGGCCAGAUGACUAUUUAUAUUAUUUAUCAUUUUAUACCGUGUACAGAUUACCAAUUUUUUCCUUCUUGUUAUCAUGGACAAGAUUUUACCGGUUGAUCAAAGCCACACACAUCUUCACACGAAGUAAGUACAGGACAAUGCCUAUGUAAACCAACAAUGAAACAACGAAACAAAAAAAUUCCAAAGUAAAACCGACUCAUGAUCCUCUAGACUAACCAAUACCGGAAAUCUCCACGACUCAAGUUCCUUAUCGAUUUUAGCCCGUAGAAACUAAAGAUCAAAGCGUAAAAGAACCACCGUUCAUCCAUCACCCAACUCUAUUCUCCAUCCGGCAAAACAACCCGUCCACUACCCUGCAGUGUAACUACACCAUUUACCCAAGCGAUAUUUGAAUAUCGAUAUCCUCGGUUGUAUUUGGGGGUUGUGGGGAGGUACGCAACGUAUGUACGUAUGUGUGUAAUUUUAAUCGUAAAAUAAUUCUACUGCUAAUUAGCUUGGCCGGUGAUAGUGCUAUAGUUAAAUAUAUGUGUCGAUUUAAGAUAUUCUUCAGGGAGGACUCAUGUUGAUCGCUGUAUGGGAUGAA